CAGCCACAACCAUGCCUGCCCGCGCAACAGACACGAUGGGGUCCGCCAACCACACCAACACAGACGAGAUCGUCAUCUCCGGUCUCUCGGGUCGCCUGCCCGAGAGUAACUCCAUCGAGGAGUUCAAGGACCAGCUCUUCGCCGGAGUCGAUCUGGUGACGGCCGACGACCGCCGUUGGCCCACCGGUCUCCAUGGCCUCCCCGAGCGCACCGGCAAGCUCAAGGACCUGGAGCAUUUCGAUGCCCAGUUCUUCGGGGUGCACGCCAAACAGGCCCGCGUCAUGGACCCCCAGCUGCGUAUGCUGCUGGAGCUCACCUACGAGGCCAUCGUGGACGCCGGUUUCAACCCGGCCGAGCUCCGCGGCACCCGCACUGGUGUGUUCAUCGGCGUGUCCAGCUCCGAGUCCGACGAGUACUGGACCCAGGACCCCGACCGCGUCAACGGCUACGGUCUCACCGGCUGCUGCCGCGCCAUGUUCCCCAACCGUCUGUCCUACACCUUCGACUUCAGCGGCCCCUCCUACGCCAUCGACACCGCCUGCUCCUCGAGUAUGUUUGCCAUGCAGCAGGCCGUGCAGGCCAUGCGCGAUGGCCAGUGCGACAGUGCCAUCGUGGGUGGCUGCAACCUGCUGCUCAAGCCCGCCAGCUCCCUGCAGUUCCACCGUCUCAACAUGUUGAGCCCCCAGGGUAUGUGCAAGGCCUUCGACUCCUCCGGCAACGGCUACGUUCGCUCUGAGGCCGCCGUCGUCAUCCUGCUGCAGAAGGCCUCCUCGGCCAGGCGUGUCUACGCCUCCGUGCUCAACGCCGGCACCAACACCGACGGUAACAAGGAGCAGGGUAUCACCUUCCCCGCCGGAGGCAUGCAGCAGAAGCUCAUCGAGCGCGUGUACCGCGAGGCUGGCGUCAACCCCGCCGACGUCGCCUACGUCGAGGCCCACGGCACCGGCACCAAGGUCGGUGACCCCCAGGAGGUCAACUCCAUCGCCGAGGUGUUCUGCAAGAACCGUACCACCCCUCUGCUCAUCGGUUCGGUCAAGUCCAACAUGGGUCACUCCGAGCCCGCCUCCGGUCUCUGCUCCAUCGCCAAGGUCUUGAUCGCCAUGGAGCGCGGAGAGAUUCCCGGCAACCUCCACUUCAAGGAAGCCAACAAGGAAAUCGCCGCCCUCAACGAUGGCCGCCUGCAGGUCGUGCACAAGAACUGGCCCUGGAACGGAGGCCUGGCCGCCAUCAACUCUUUCGGUUUCGGUGGUGCGAACGCUCACGUCAUUCUCAAGUCCAACCCCAAGAACAAGACCCAAAUCACCCCCAUCAACCCCGAGGUGGCCCGCGUCGUAGCCGUGUCCGGCCGCACCGAGGAGGCCGUUGACUUCCUCCUGGACCAGGCCGAGCAGAACCGUGACGAGGAGUUCCUCAACCUGCUCGCCGACAUCCACAAGCAGAACAUCGCCGGCCACACCUACCGCGGUUACACCCUGGUCCCCGUCGGCGGUAUCUUCAACCUGGCCGUCGUGCUCCGUGACGCCUUCAUCGAGAACCAGACCGAGGCCGACUUCGCCACCGUCGCCCUGCCCAAGAUCAACGGCACCAUCGAGCUGGACAAGGCCUCCCGCGCCCUGUGCCCCGAGCUGGACUACUUCGUCUGCUUCUCCUCCAUCUCGUGCGGUCGCGGUAACGCCGGCCAGUCCAACUACGGUCUCGCCAACUCCGCCAUGGAGAGGCUGUGCGAGGCCCGCCAGGCCGCCGGCCUGCCCGGAGUCGCCAUCCAGUGGGGAGCCAUUGGUGACGUCGGUCUGAUCCUGGAGACCAUGGGUGGCAACGACACCGAGGUCGGAGGCACCCUGCCCCAGCGCAUCCAGUCCUGCCUCAACACCAUGGACGUCUUCCUGCAGCAGCCCCAGCCCGUCCUGGCCUCGAUGGUCCUGGCCACCAAGCGCCGCGGCGGCAACAAGGAGGCCUCCAUCAGCGCCGUCGACGCUAUUGCCAACAUUCUCGGCAUCAAGGACGCUAAGUCUAUGGCUCCCACCCAGACCCUGGCUGACCUGGGUAUGGACUCCAUCAUGGGUGCUGAAGUGAAGCAGGUCCUGGAGCGCAACUACGACAUCGUGUUGAGUGCCCAGGAGAUCCGUGGUCUGACCAUGGGCAAGCUCUCCGGCAUGUCCGGCGGCGCACCCCCUGCCGACACCAACACAGUCCGACAGGCCUCCCCUCCCAAGGACAUGGUCCAGGUCAAGUACAGCAGCACCUCCGCUCUCAUCCCCACCGAGGUGAUUGUCAAGAUGCCCACCGCCGCCCCCGCCGACUCCACCCUCCGACCCGUCUUCAUCGUCCACGCCAUCGAGGGUGAUGUGACCGCCCUGCUGCCCCUGGCGCAGCUGCUCAAGCGGCCCGCCUUCGGUCUGCAGUGCGCCGAGAGCUGCCCACAGAGCAGCAUCCCCGAGCUGGCCGGCCACUACGUCAAGCAGGUCAAGAGCAAGCAGGCCAAGGGACCCUACACCCUGGUCGGUUACUCCUUCGGAGCGUGCAUCGCCUUCGAGAUGGCGCUGCAGCUCGAGAAGAGCGGCGAGAAGGUGGAGCUGAACCUGCUGGACGGCUCCCACUCCUACGUGUCCUCUCACACCGGCGCCUUCAGGGCCUCCCACGCAGUCCUCUCCCCCGAGGCUGACGCCCUUUCAUACUUCGUCCUGCUCUUCCGCCCCGACAUGGACUUCGUCAAGGUCAAGGCAGAUCUCCAUGCCCUGGGUAGCUGGGAUUCUAGACUGCAGCGUGUUACCGAGCUGCUGAAGAACGCCAGUCACUUCAACAGCGAACAGUUGGCUAAGGCUGCCACUGCAUUCUACAAGAAGCUGGUCAUUUCUGAGUCUUACAAACCCGCCAGCAAAUUCAACGGUCCAGUACUCUUUGUUAGGGCAAAGGACAACUUCCUCCAGCUUGGUGAAGAUUACGGUCUCAAUGAGGUGUGCACACACCCUGUGAAGACUCACCCUCUUCCUGGCAACCACAGAGAAGUGAUCCUUGGUGAAUCAGCAAAGAAGAUCGCUGCACUCAUCAACUGAAAGCAUCACGUCAUUUCUCAUAUGAACAAAGAUAUCAUUUUACAUCUACUUUGAACCAUUUACGUAUUUCUCGUAAACAUACAAAUUGUUACCUCAUGUGUUCAAGUAUUGAGCAAUGGGUCUGUCAGUCCAUAUCUUAGUUAUUAUUUUAACUAAAUCUGAUUUAAAAUCAGUAAGUAUGAAAUCUCAUCUCAUUUUAAGUGGUUCUUUGAUGUAAAAUGGUUGUUUGUACAUUGUUCUGUAGAGUACAAAGUCAUUAGCAUUCCAACUAGUGAGAAUGUUGGCCUGAUCCCUUGUGAUGUUUUCACAUCCUUUUCUGUGAUUGAGAAAAGUGUGACCAAAGAAUGUAAAUGGUGUGCCCCCUUGAGUACUAAAAUUUUACCAAUCUACAUAAUUUUACAAUGAUAAUACUCACAAUGAUAUUCAAUGGGAUACGUUCUUGUUAGUAAUCUUAGUCUCUAUUUUAAAAGGAGCUGAUACUUAACAAGUGUAACUGGAAAGAACUUGUUUAAAAAUUACAGCGCUCAUUUGUCUUCAAAGGAAGUUAUUGCUUCAGAACAAAAUGUUAAAAUUAAAAGAUCCCGUAAAGAUCUAUAAUCUUAACUUCUAUGGAGUCGAAUGUUGCGUGACAUUCAGCUUGUUAAGUAAAUCAAAAAUGUAUAGAGUUUAAUUUAUGUUGGACUGUUGCUGUGAUCCUCAGAGGCUCCAGAUUAGUUAGGUUCAAUGCAGCUGUUUAUGUUUGAUGCACCCUUUAAAUCCUGAGGGUUUCCUGUACUAGAUUCCAAAUUGCAUGCCAAUUCCCUCCAUCUGAAAUCAUGUUCAAGUCCCAUGUCAUACUUGCAUUUAAUAACAUAUUAGUGCAUAUUUUCCGUGAAAAUAUAGUGGUUGACCUGGUGCCUUAAACUUGUUAUCAUAAUGCGUCCAAGUAUACUAAGUCAAAAAGCCCCCAAACAUAUUGCCAUAAGUAUGAUUGUAACAGCUGCAGGGUAAUCUUUUCCAUAAGUGCUAAGCUAUUUUUUCUUUUUGUGAUGGAAGCUUGUAAAACUGUUUCUCAAGCUUGAAAAUGUUGAUUACAUGUAUAUUUUUGUUU